CAGUUGCUGUGUUCUGUCUAAUAGUUGGCUACAAUGACAUAACCUAGAAAACUUUUAUAACCAAAAAAAUAUAAUUUGUGUCAAAAAUUUACAAAUAAGUAAAAAUGUUACACUCUCAAAUAAAUACAGUAUUCAAAAUAUCCCGAUUGCCAGUUGCUUAUCGAUUCAUCAGUUCAACACCAGUUGUUAAUCUUAAUCAGAAAUGGCGACAAGAAAGGGGCUUACCUCUAAAUCCAAACACAAGAGGUGUUUUAACUGAUGGGCCUGACUAUACCUUUUUAGAUGGAAGGCUUACGCCUUAUGGAGUUGGACAGAAGGAGAGAAUUGAGAUGCAGAGGCAAAUUGCUGAGGAUAUUAUAAAACUGAGUGGCGAAAUCGAUUUUGCUGUUGAAAGACACAAGAAACUUCAAGUUGAAGACGCUAAAACAAAAGAAAAUAUUAUUAGGAGUAAAUUAAAACCAAAGGGAAUUAAUUUGUUAAAGUCAAAAUAAACUAUAGUUAUUAAAUUGUUAGAAAUAGUAA